UUAUUACCUAUUUAAAAAUUACCUUUUUGACUUUCUUAAUGCCUUUUUGAAAAUGUAUGAAGCAUUCUGAAGUAUUGAUCUGACCUGUUAAGUACCCCAAUGAGAUAAACACCAAUCUGAAGCGCGACCAAUUUUCAUCACUUAAUACCGUGCAGCAUACAGUGAUGACCGUGCUAGUGCCGCUCGUUAUCGUUUUCGUGAUCUGCUUUUCAUCCCAUUCCCAGUCAGUCAGCUGCCAUGUCGUUUGCCAAGCAAUACAACCGCACCACAGUAACAGCAGCACUGCAGCGCUGAUUCUAGCUCGAGGUGGAUCAAAAGGUAUUCCGCUGAAAAAUCUCGCCAAAAUUGGAUCCAAAUCGUUGCUGGUCAGAGCGUUGCAAACGUUGGAAGCUUUUGGCCAGUUCGACUCGAUUUGGGUUUCAACGGACGAUGAGCGAAUCAGCGACGAGGUGGUAACGGCUUUUCCCCUGGAUCGCAUUCUAAUUCACUUCCGCCCACCGGAAGUGGCCCGUGAUCAAUCGACAUCGAUCGAAUCAACGCAAGAGUUCCUUAGCAAACACCCUGAGAUUGCGAAUCUGGCUUUGGUACAGUGCACAUCGCCUUUUCUGCGCGUUCGGUACCUGGCGGAAGCUUUUCGAAACUUUCACCGCCGGUCAUCGGAUUGUGUUUUCAGUGUCGCUCGAAGCUUCAAGCUGCGCUGGAAGAUGCAAGGAACAGACGGAAGAGUUGCACCACUGAACUUCGAUCCCGAGCGUAGGCCACGCCGUCAGGAUUGGACAGGUGAACUGGUGGAAACGGGAAUGUUUUACUUUGCCCGGCGAUCGUUGCUGGUUAGCGAGGGGCGCUUUCAAAACGGCAACUGUCGAGUGGUUGAAGUCGACCCUAGAGAUGCACUGGAAAUCGAUGGAAAUGAUGAUCUGAUUUUGGCUAGAUUUUUAAAUGAAAAUGAAGGUAAAUAAAACAUCGAUUCAAUGUUUUUUAAA